AUGGACUUAUUUGGAUACAUGUCUCAGUGCCCGUCCUUGCUUUGUCUAGAUGACGGAUUUGAACCAUUUGAACUCUUGCACCGUGAAUAUAGCGCUUCCGAUCCAUUCGAAACUGUUGUUAAUCAGUCAAAUGAUCUGUCUCACUACUAUCCAGACCCAUACCAGCCAUCGAACCCCAACCCAAACCUGCAGUAUGGAAGGCCCCUCAGUCAGGUGAACCCCCGAGGUACCUUUGAAAUACCGUUGGAUCCAACGAAUGGUCUGACAGUGCCAGCCCACUUUAAGCCGCCAGGACCAGCUCCGUUACCUCAGGACGGCCAGCCUAUGUACCAUACUGGACAACCUGAUUUAUCUGCACAUCGUCCUCCAGCCACCACUAGCGCUGCAAACCCCACAAACUUGGCAGCCCACUCAAACUCAGUACACUCGUGUACCACCAGCCACGAAUCCAACCCUGAAAUCGCCAAACUAAAGCCCCCUCCACGUGCUAAGACUGCAGCCAGCCUAGUUGAGAAAGCCGAUCAUAUGGAACUCGACCAGCUCAUGAAACUUGUUGCUCAAAAUGCUCAAUAUGCUCGUCUUACAAGUGAAGACAAGCUUGAGCUUAACUCUGCGUACAAGGAGUAUCAGCGGAAGCUUUACUUGAUAGCGUACAAGAACAAGCUUGAAAUCGGACCGUGUUUACGAUAUGUUGGCGAGGGGGCAAAUCCCAGAGGCUCGACCACCUAUAACACUUUCUGCAAGUACGAUCCAGUUGCUAGGAAGGCUUUUAAUGAUUCAAACAUGCAUCCCGAUGAUCGUAAGCGUGAAUGCAGUAGACUUUGGAAGCUAGUAGAUCCUGCGACUCAGAAGAAGUGGAAGGAUCCUGACUUCUUAGAAUCCUUUUUGGGACAAGACGAUCCAACUGAUGGCAUCGAUAUUGCAACCAACAACGAAAACGGCUCCACAUCUUUACUUAAAAAGCACAAAUCAGCAACCUUUGAUUCGGAUCGCUGGGCUCGCAAGGUCGUUGCUGACUUGAAACAGCUCAGCCGAAGGUUUGGUACUGAAGGCUUUCUGGUUGUUGGAUCGCGAGGCAAAGAUGCCACUCUAAAGUUCAGCGGGGGCAGUCAUCUAGGCGAAUUUUUUCUGGAUAUGUACUCAACUGAGGACGAUCCGGUUUUCAACUUUGUUGAUUUUCUUAGAGGUCAACAUGUCAUCAAGAAGAUCACCGGCAAAGAAUCUACACCAGUUGUAACAAAGAAGAGACCCCGCACACAGAACAAGCCCCAUCAAUUGUUCACAAAACACAACAAAGGAGAAAAAGAAGCCAACAUUGAUUUCAUCCGAGCCAAACUCAAUUCUGCGAUCGAAAAGGCAACGCAUGGUCAAUGGAUCAAAGGAUGGCCUGGUACUCGCACUCAAUGGCGACUUUCGAAACUCAAAGUCAGUUUGCAGGUGAAGGACAAUGAUUGCGGUGUUACCCCCCAGCACUUCUGUAAGCGACCGGGGGACAUGGGAGAUAAACAUGCCCAACUUGUUGUUGAAGCGUUAGAGGAAGAUUGGGUCCAGCUCAUUGGCCCACCCGCUCCCAAAAAUAACGCUCUAGGAUUCCACGUUGAUGGUCAAACUCUCGAGGGUGACACUUCACCAACCAUAGUUUCUGUAGGUAAAUGUGAUGUGGUCCUGAAACCGCUGAAGUCAAAGAGGAAACAAAAAGCGGCCCCAAAGAAAAAACGCAAGCUUGGUUCUUCCACCACUUCUGACUUGGAGAAAUCUGGCGAAAGCAGUGAGGAGGAGGAUGAAGAUGAGGUAGAACAAGCGGAAAAAGGUUUUGAGGAGGAGGACAGUGAUAAUAUGGAAUAA